AUGUAGUAUUAACAGUUCUCAGAAAGUGAAUAAUAACAAAGUACAUUAAAUUUAGGAUUAUUUUAUUUAUUUUACAAUUCUGGUAGUGGGAGUGUUAAAGCUAAUCAAUUUAGUGUAUUGGAUGUAAUAGUUGAUAAAUAAUUUAGUGUGCAGAUAUCACUUUAAUUAUUGAUAGUAAAGAAGUACAAAUAUCAUUCUUCAGCAUUUAAAAUGUACCUUCUAGAAAUUAGGGUUAUAAUAAAUUAAAGUAAGAUUUAAGAUCAAGUACUUAUUUUUAUAAUUCAGAUAAUAAAUAAAUUCCAAUCAUUAUAGCAGGAGGAGAUGGUUCCAUGAUGUGGGUGAUUGAGUAAAUGAUACAAUAGAAAAUUGAUAUUAAUCAAAUAGUUAUUGUUCCAUUACCUUGUGGAACAGGAAAUGAUUUUUCAAACGCAUUAGGUAGUCUAACUAUAUUUAAUCAAAGGAUGGGAUACUGAUAUACCAGGAAAUAUGUUAGAAAAUGACUAUCGUAUCUUAAAAUAAUAUAUAAGAUCAUGGUAGAAAGGUCAUCAAUGUUUUUUUGAUAUUUGGGAUAUUACUAUCUAAACUUAAUAGGAUGGAUAUUUUUAAGAAAUAAAGAAAAACGAUAAGGGUUAUACUAAAUAAAGCAUCAAAGAUUUAGAUGGGAUGAAUACUAAUAUUUUAGAAAAGAAAAUGUCCAACUAUUUUAGUAUUGGAGUAGAUGCAAGAAUUGGAUAUGGUUUUGAUAAGAAUAGAACAACUAAUAGACAUGUUAAUAAAAUUUGUUAUUGUUUAUAAGGAAUAUAAAAAAUGUUCUUGAAAAAUCCAAGAUUAAAUUAAGUUGUUGAAUUUGUUGAACAUUUUGUAUUUAUUGAAUAUAAAUCAUUUAGAAUCAUAAAGAAUAAAAAACAUUAUUUAAAACUGUUAAUUGUUAAGAUAAAAAUGCUCUAACUGUUCCUGGCAAUCCUGCAACAUUAGUAUGUUUAAAUAUCAAUUCAUAUGCUGCUGGAAUUACAGAUAUUUGGAAAAAUGGCAAAACUCCAUAAGAAUUUUUACAAAAGAAUAAAUUAUAUUCUGAAAAAACUUCAUUUUCUGAUGGAUUAUUAGAAUUUAUAUCAUUUGAUUCUAUUGCAGGAAUUGGAUCUGAAAGGUUAAAUCUUAUUUAUAAAUCUUAAUUAGAGUAUUGGCUGGUAAUGCUACAAGAUUGGCAUAAACUAGUGGACCUUUGCUUAUUAAAUUUUAAGAAUCAAAUAAUAACAAUACUGUAAAUAGUUACAUUUAAAUUGAUGGUUAAUAUUUUUGUAUUGUCAAUCCUUUGAGUGUUGAAAUUUAAUCAUGUAGACAAUUACCUUAAGGAAAAAUAAGAAUUUUAUUAAAGGAUUGA